GAUUGGUCAGAUUCUUCAUUACCCACCCUCGCAACAAAUCAAGGAAUGCUUCCCGCACGGACUGUAGCUGGGGCGGCCGUUUGAAAUAUUGCUCAAAACAAUAAACAAUAAUGACAAGUAUAAAAUUGUAAGAUUACAAAUUCUUCACUGGAGUCAACGUUAUAUUUAAUUAGCGGCAGUCUAAAAUAGCUUUUGAUUUGUUUUUGGUUGGGUAACAGACGGUUACCAGCUUUUGUUUCGCUAAGGGAACUCACACACAGCAACGGCUUCAGAGAGGUAACCAGGUCUUUUUUUUUUUCCAGGUGAGUGUUGUACGACUUCAAAGGUCCGCGGGGCAAAAAAAUUAAUUCUGCGCAUCAUCCAAUCCAUGUGUUCCUGUGAGUCGGAAGCCCCGCCCCAGAGUAGAUAAAGCUGGUGAGAGGGUACAUCAGCAGGUGAUGGCUUUGAAAGCUCCGCCCUCAGACUCGGGGCAGCUUAACUCCUGUCUCAGGGGUGGCUCUUUCUGUGCAGCCACCUCUCGGAUAGGAGUCGUGCUCCCACUCAGUGAUUCCUUCGACCUGAGCAAAUCCUACCCACGCGCCAGCAAGCCAGGCCUUCGAAAAAACUGGGCUCAUGACUUUUGCUCGGGCAUCGACUCCUUUACAGGAGAUGGGCUGAACUCUUUCUGCUUCAGCUCAGUGGCUGCCCGUAACAUGCAGCUGUCUGACCUGUGUCACUCCCGGUCUCCCUCCAACACGAUGUCCCUGUCUGAUUCCUGCAACAUCUCCAACAGCUCCCUCCUCAGGCAGCUGGCUAGGGGAGCCUUCAGCCGGACAGGCCCGUCCCCCAUUCGCAACCCCAACAAGGCACUUCUCACUGUGGACAGCAAAAGCGCAGAGAUUCUGGUUGCCAAUGAAAUGUCCUGUAAGUUAUUCGGGUACAACAGCCAGGAUCUGAUUGGGCAGAAGCUGUCGUUCCUUUUACGCAAAACCAAUCAGAGCCUUGAGGAGGCCCUGGGGGAGGAGCAUCUAGAGGCUACAGGAAACCUUGUGAUGAUUUCAGGGAAAGUGGUUGAUGCUGUGAGCAGUGACGGUGUUGAGAUUCCAGUGUCUGUAUGGGUGCGCAGACUAAAUGACGAGGGAAGGCGCUGUCUGGUAGUGAUGGAGCCUGUGGAGAGACUCUCAGCCUCUGUCACAUUUGGAGAAAGUGGUAGGAUCCUGUCCUGUGAUGCUCUGUUUGCAAACCUCCAUGGCUAUUUGUCACCAGAGGAGGUGACUGGGCUGUUGGUCACAGAUCUGAUUCCAUCGCUCCAGAUUCCACCACCCUGCAGGAAAAUUCCAAAGAGUUUGAGAAUCCAGAGGGCCACAGGCAGUUCUAGGGAUGGUACCACCUUCCCACUCAGUAUAAAGCUGAACAAUAUUCUUGACUUAGUGAGAGCCACAGAACACAAAGAACACUCCAGCCUUUUAGAGUCUGAAUCAAAAUUCCUGUCCUGCUUUCCCGGCUCUGAGAGACUUCAAGAACAAAGCAAACUAUCCAGCAGUUUAGAAGCUGUGGUGCCAACAGAUUCCACGGAACAUCUAAAAUCUGGAGGACACUUUGAACCCAAAGAACCACAAAGCAUUCAAGAGUCUAGAAAAUAUAAUGUUCAAUCUACAGUGCGUGAAGAGGAGAGAUGGGCCCAGACUGUACCAAGUUUAGGGGUGGUUUACUCAGGAACCAUUUGGGUGUUUACAGCAAUCAGUGGACUUUUAACCCUGCGGUCUGAUGGAACAAUACACAGUGUGAACAAUAACUUUGCACUGAUGCUGUUUGGGUAUGAGAAGGCAGAACUGCAGGGGAAGAAUAUCACCUUCCUGAUUCCUGGUUUCUAUGAGAGCCUGUGUGAUGUGGAGGAGAGUUCUCUCCUGCUACCCCUCGUUGAGGAUGAUCCGAGCGACCAGAUUGAGUGUCGGCUAGCAGAGGAGAGCAACGAACCCCAGCGUGCUUGUUCCAGUCUCUCCAGCAGCAUUACAGAUGCCUGUAGUCCUGCUGGUAGCGCUAACACUCUAAAUGGAGACCAUGGCAUUGUUAAUUUCUGCAUUCCACCUUCAACAGAGGAAACGCCCACUGGUGGGAAAGACCCCAGCCCAUUACUGGCUGGCAAUGUGGAAUUAAUUCAGGAGGAGAAGCAAAGGACAUCAGCUGGCAGAAAGGUGGAAAUCUUUACUGGAACCAGUACCAGACUGGAGAACGAAGAAAGUGUUCCAUCAACACUGUCCUCCCCCGCAGUGACGUCCACCCCCUUUAGCGGUGGUGAAAGCACGGCAGAACUGAUUGGCCUAGCAGCCCAGGUUGUCCCACAGUACAGUGAUUUUGCUUUGACAGAGAGUGAGGAGGGCACCACCAAUGGUCUUCUGCAAACACCCUCCUUAGUGGAGUCACCUCCAUGCAGGAACCCAGAAGGGCAUCAGCCAGCCAGUGCCUUAACUGUUCUCUGCAGCAGCAGAAUUGGCCAAGGAGAUACCCCAGAGAAGAGAGAACCUCAGACUGGCUCCACAAGAUCAGGCAGACUGGUAAUUCCACAGCAUAGCUGGAAUGGAAUCAGCAGAGAAGAAGGAGACGCCAAGCCCUCUGCCGGAGGGUGCCCAGUUUACCUUAAUGGCUCUCCAGGGACCCCCACUCUGGAUGAGGUGUGGCCUGGAAGACAAAAUACACUUGAUCUCCUGGCUAACAGAUAUAGAGAAAACUCCAGCUUUGAAGUUGUCUCUCACAGAAGUAAAUUCCCAGUUGUGUCCUAUCCUGUUUCCAGUUUAAUUUCUCAGGAGUCUAGCAGCUACCUUAAUGUGGAAGGGGAGUCCAGUGGCAAUCUGCUCACUCAAGCCAUGCAGGAUUUGGAUCUGAAUGGCAGUCUGGAACUGGUUUCCACAGAUCUAUCCUCCUGUUCUACCUCUGAGCUCCUCAGAACACCCUCUCCCUACGUGGUGGAGUCUGACUUGGAGAUGGAGAGCAGUGAGGGAAAGGAGCUUCCUCCAUACUCUGCAGGGCUGGAGGAGGCAGUCACCACUGCAUUAUCUGAUCUAAGUGGGGAAAGGCAGUGCAGGCCCUUGGAACUGGGUGAUCAGGAACAUUGGACAUCAUCAGUGCCUCAGAGUAAGGAUGGUGUCUACCUAGCUCCAGAAGGACUUGAAGAGACGUCUUUGAAGGCAGAGAAUCCUGCAACAUCAACCCCUAAAAAACAACCAGAGGGACAAACAUUGUCCACAACCCAGAGUGAAAUCCAGGAGGGGCAUUACAGCGGAAACUGUUAUCAUCGAGAUGGGUCCAGACUUCGUGUGCAGUUUGAGAUCCGGAAAGUAGAGCUUCCUGAGCAGCAGACCCUAUUUUGCCUCUGGAUGGUGAGAGAUCACCUUGAGACUCAGAGAGAAGCUGUCAUGAGGAUGAAGCUCCUUCUGUCCAGCCUCAACAGCACCGAUUUCCUCCCUGACGUUUCUGGCAUCAGCCUGGGGGAGGUGAUCCAGGAGACUGCUCGGGGUGAAGGCCUGCGGUGCUCCCAGGACCUGGAGGAGUCGCAGGCCUGCAAGGGGGAGUUCAACCAGAAGUAUGUCACCAUCAGCGCUGUCGGCAAGGGAGCAUUCGGCUUCGUCUGGAGAGCACAGCAAAGAACGGACUACGAGGAGGUUGUGGUGAAGUUUAUAAGAAAAGAUAAGAUUCUGAAGGACUGCUGGGUGGAGGAUCCUGCUCUGGGGCGAGUCAGCCAGGAGAUAGCCAUACUGUCCAGGCUCCAGCAUCACAAUAUCAUCAAGGUGCUGAAUGUGCUUGAAAAUGAGAACUUUUUCCAGAUGGUGAUGGAGAAGCAUGGAGAUGGGCUUGACCUGUUUGAGUUUAUAGACAGGCAGCCCCUUCUGGAUGAACCUCUGACCAGCUACAUCUUCAGACAGCUGGUGGCAGCUGUAGAUUACCUGCGUGGCAAGAGCAUCCUGCACCGAGACAUCAAAGACGAGAACAUUAUAAUUGAUACCAACUUUCACAUCAAGCUUAUAGACUUUGGGUCGGCCGCUCUUCUUGAGCCAGGAAAACUCUUCUACACUUUCUGCGGGACCCUGGAGUACUGCUCUCCUGAGGUUCUCAUGGGAAAUCCGUAUGAGGGUCCUGAGCUGGAGAUGUGGUCUCUGGGGGUGGCCCUUUACACCCUGCUCUUCGGAGAAAACCCUUUCUGUGAGGUGGAGGAGACGAUGGAGGCUGAGCUGAGGCCCCCUGCCCCAGUGUCCUCAGAGCUGCAAACCCUGCUGUCCUGCCUUCUACACCCUGACCCCCAGGAGAGGAUGAGGCUGGAGGAGUUGCUGCAGGUGCCCUGGCUGUCACAACCUAUCAACCUGGCUGAAUACAGCUGGGAGGAGGUGUGUCCUGCCAGGAAAGAGACCCCUCUAUGCAGGAGUGUCUAUCUCGUGGAGGGGAAGGGCUGCUUGAAGGACUCCCUGACUCCCAGGCAUGGUAUGUACGAGGCUCCCACAGACACCAUGGAUCCUGAGGAAGAUGAAGAGGAAGGGUCCCUCGCUGCCCUGGAGACUGAACUUCUUAAAUGCCUCCUCAGCCAGGACUGAGUGUUUUCAUUAUGUUGCAGGACAAUGAGACUGAAUAUUUGAUAAACAGAGAUCAGGGAGGUAUAAUGCCUGUCACUACAGUUGACUGUAAUUCUCACAGAAACGAUCGGAGCAUUAUGGAGAAAUACUGGACUGCACAACUUGGCUAAUCUAUUGCCCUUGAGGUUACAGCAGCUGCUGUAGGCUGAAUGCUUGUCUAUCAAUGCUGCAGACAAUACUGUGAGUGAAAGAAGGAUUAUGCACUAACAAAAGGGGCAAAACAGUAGUCUAAAUCAGAUUUUAACAAAACACCUUGCAGCCUUUUGAAAAUCAUGCCAUGUUUAUUGUAUAAAUAUUUUCAGAAAUACAAUCUUUAUUUAUAUUGUAUUCCUGUAUUCAUAUCAACUGUUUUAAAGGGUGGUAACUUUUCAUUCAGAUUUUAUUAAGAAUUAUUAAAGAGUGCUUCAUAUAUUUUAA